GCGGAGUAUGAGGCGUUGAUAGGGGGUCUGAGAUUGGCCAAAACCCUACAAAUCACAUGCCUCCGGAUUAAAUCUGACUCAAGCUUGGUGGUAGGCCACAUCAAUGGCAACAUGGAGGCCAAAGGAGAGAAGAUGCAGAAGUACAGGGACUUGGCAAGGGCAUUAUUGAAGGAUUUGACUGAGUAUGUGAUGGAGCAAAUCCCUAGGGGGGAAAACACCGAUGCUGACUUGCUAUCAAAAUUGACGCAAGCAGCCCCGGAGCAUGUGUCCAAGCUGGCCAGGAUUGAGACGCUGGAGAAAGCUAGCAUUGAAGGGUUUUCUGUUAGCAUGAUAGAGGAAGAUGGACAACCCAAUCCAGAUCGAGUGGAGCCAAAUGAUAUUUGGAUGGAUGACUUGGUCAGGUACUAUAUGACCGGGCAAUUCCCUGAGGAUGAGGAUAGGAUAAGAAAAGUAAAGUUGAGGGCUCCAAGAUUCCAAAUGCUUGAUGGAAGGAUAUACAAAAGGGCAUUUGGCGGUCCGCUGCUGAGAUGCUUGACCAGGGCGGAGGCGGAAAGGGUGAUCGCCGAAGUUCAUGAGGGUGUCUGUGCAGCUCACCAAAUGUCCAGGACACUCGCACAAAGGAUCAUCUUGCUAGGAACAAAUUGGCUAGAGGAGUUGCCACAUAUCAUCUGGGCUUACCGAGUCACUUCGAGAAGGGCCACAGGGGAAACACCCUUCGUCCUUACGUACGGGUGCGAGGCCAGACUACCCAUCGAAGCUAAAAUAAUGACCUUCCGGGAAAAGAUCUAUGAGGAGAAAGGGAAUGAAGAAGACCAUAUGGCAGAACUGAACUUGCUGGAGGAAAGGCGGAUGGUCGCUAAGGCUAAAAUGAUAGAGUAUCAGCAAGCAACCAAGGCCUACCAUGAUAACAAGGUAGGGCCUCGCUAUUUCCAGGUGGGUGAUGAGGUCUUGAGACGAAGGGAGGCUAGCAAACCGGGAGACGGGGGAAAGCUUGCAAAGAAAUGGGAAGUCCCAUAUAGGGUCACAGCAAUAUUACGCCCUGGGACGUACAAGUUAGAAACCAUGGAAGGUAGAGAAUUGGAAAGGUGCUGGAAUUCCCACCACCUUAGAAAAUUCUACCGGUAGGCCAAAUUGGUAGGGCUUGCAUUUGUAAUACCCCUUCAAUGAUGAAUAAAAGCUUUCUUCAAUACAAGUGAUGUUGGGUC